GGUUUAUUUAGGCCUAGGUGUUGCCUGAAAACAAUAAUAUUCAUUUUUUAAAUCAAAUCUUAAUUAUGAAUAUGGCUGUUACGUGAUGAUUCAUACCUGAUAUUUCUCAUUUAUCUGAUGAUGAGAAACAGUGUUGAGAAUGCUGCAAUUCCUGUCCUACAAUACAAUUACAGUACUCUGAGACGUGCUGGAUUUUUACGUGAUCCCUUGGCUCCCGCACUGUGCUAAUCAUUUCUCGACAUUACACUCACCUACUGAGCAGUAUUGAGGGAGUUUUCAUAUCUCACCCGUGAACCUGUCUUGUAGUAGUGGAUCAUGGGUUCUGACCAGAGCAGCCUGCCUGCAGGAGGACCUGGCAGUAACCUUAAGUCACAGAGAGAUGAGGAGAUCCCCUACACCUGCUACUCUAUCAGCAAGCCAAUAGAUGGAGAGUCCCCAAGAUCCUCCCCUAAGGUGAGCAAGACGAGACUUCAAUCUCGAGAGGUGAAAGAUCAGUCUACUCCAAAGCACGACAUUGUUGUUGUUGCAGAAGGCAGUGCACCCGAUCGCAACGCAGACCCAGAACUGGUGAAACUCAAUGCUAUCCCAGCAUUCCUUCCUAUCAUGCGUGGGUCAUUGAACAUCCCGACAAGCACUCGGGAGUCUGACGUGCUGGAUAAACUGGAUCACCGUCAAAUCUUACUUCUGUGUCUGCGCUAUCAGGACCACCUGAAGCAGCUGAGCGAGGCUGUUGCAUUUGACCAGAACGCUCUCUGCAUCCGCAUCAAGGAAAUUGACUGUGCCAUUCAGAUGUUGAUGAAUCUGAUGAGCGAAAGGCAGAAAAAAUAUUCAAAGUGUGCUGAACAGUUCCAGAAGGUGAAUGAAACCGCUUCAGCUUUAAACCGCAUCAAAAUGAACAUUGAACAAAUAGUCCCUCUAAUGGAUAGACUGAACCAAGUCCUACCUACUGAUGACCAGUUAGAGCCUUUUAGUUUGAAGCCUUCAAAGUCAUGAAAAAAGAAGUGAUUUUAUUGCAUCAGUGUCAUUGUACAGAAAGUCAGAUGUGGUAACUGUGCAAUAUUAUCCAUUGCUUCCUAGUUGAGGUUCCAGCCACUCACAUGCAUCAUGACUAUUAUCAUACAGUACAUUUUUUGUCCUGCUGAUCAGAGGUAGAAAGCAUUGCUUUGGUGUUGUCAGAAUACAGGUGUCUACUUUAAUACAGCCUUCACUGUUUAUAGUCGUCAUGGUCACAUCAAAUGUGUAUCUAGUUACAUCCUUAACCCUUUAUUUGAAUGUUGGAGAAUAAUCGCAGAUGUUUAUGUGCAUAGUCUUCAGUAUCAUGUUCGUUAAAGUGUCUGUACAGUCAUACAUCUGGAUCCAGAACAUUUCUCCCAUAAGGAGAGUUUUCUCUUUGAACAUUUCCCCCUGAUAUACAUGGAACCAGGUUAUUUGAUGAAAUGUAGAGUAUAUUUGUAUGUAUAUUUGUUAUUUGUUACACCAUAUACGCAUAGUUGGCUUUAUUAUACAUUUGUAUCUUCACCACAUUAUUGUCUUUUGCUUCACAUUUUGUGUAAUGAAUCCAUAAAACUAUGACUUUCAUUUGGCCUCCAUGGCUGAAUGCUUUGCGUGCCAGUGCAGCAAAAUAAUUCAGGAGCUUCUCAACAGUGUGGUGGCUAUGAAUUUAAGUCCAGCUCAAGUGUAAAACACCAAGCAAAUAAAUAAAUAUGACCUUUGGAGAAUAAGAAGAAAGACUUACUUUGGCAUUCUGUUACGGAUUUUCUGUUUUAGUGCUAAACUGUCAUGCAUGGUAUAUGGUGAUAUACUGCAAUAAAUUACAUCACAUCAGAAC